AUGGCUAACAAUCAGAUAUAUACUGGUGUUUUUAAUGGAUAUAAUAUUGAAAUAAGGAGUGCAUUUAAAGACCCUGUGUAUCAAACAUCACCAUGGUUGGAGAAAGCGGAUGAAAAAGGAGAACUCUUCAUUUUUGAGGUGGAAAAAAGUAAAGAUUUGGAUUUUGAAAGUUUUAUUGACAAUUGGGGAGAUAACCAAUCAUUAAACAGUCGCUUUCCAUGUUCAAAUAGUGAAGAUACAGGAUAUUCUAGCGAUGCUGAGGUGCAGCCAUCUUUAAAAUCAGAAAAAUCCCCUAAAAAGGCUUCCAAAUUUUCUCAGUUUCUGAAACGGAAAGAGGUCAAAUUAUUUGAUGAAAAGAAUAUUGAAGACAGUAUUGAUACACUAUCGGGAUGUGACUGUGUAGAAUGUCGUGUGGAUACCAUGACAACCAGUGUUAAAGAUGUUUUAUUAAUCGUAGAUCCAGAAUCAAAGCGUUCUACAAGUGUUCAGAGAUGUGUGAACAAUAACACAAGUUUGUGCGAACACAUUCUUGGUAUAAUACCAGGUUGUCAAGGGCAACAGUUAGGAUAUAAUGGUGUACAGGAACCGGUUUAUGUUAAAGGUCUGUCACCAGAUGGUCCAGCCAUUAAAGUUAAAGAUAUUCAAAUAGGUGAUUGGUUAAAGAGUAUAAAUGGACAUGAAGUAACAAGGACCAAUAUAGAUGUAUUAUUAUCUUCAAUUUCUUCUACCUCAAAGGUACGAUUAUUACUACAGUCAAUGCCAUCUGGUCAGCAUUCAUUACAGCAGAAACAAGGUGCUGAAACUGACCAAUUGAUUAAUGUUAUUUCCGGUGACCAUAGCAACCAUUCACUGAAUCAAUCAUCAUUCGUCUUAUAUACCUCUUUAGAAAACAUCCAAUCAGAAAACAGCUCUGAUAAGGAUGAUAUAGUCUAUCAAUAUCCAGUGUCAGAAGGUUUAUUAUUAGCCAUGAGAGGAAUGUUCUACACUGUAUGUCAUACUAUUAAAGAUUUCACCAAUACUAGUGUACAGAAUACUUCAGUUCUGAUACAAGAUGAAGUCUAUAAUAUAUGUUGUCAUUCUGAAGGAAAAGAUCUUCUUAUAUUUGCUGUCUCAGAAAAAAGAAUAUCAAAAUAUCUAUUAAAUAUAUUAAAAGAAGAUAUAGUGAGAUUAUUACAAGUAUUAUACGGUUCUAUAGAAAGUGCUUUUAAAACAGUAUCCAAUCAUCAACAGUUAAAUAGUAUAUUUGGUAUUACUAUAAAGUGUGGUAUAGACAAUAUAUAUACUGAUUUAACUAGUCCUACUCCGGCAUCGUGUUCUAUAAAUAGAUUAUUAACUCACACCAAUCAUGUGCAAUAUCUUCCACUACCUCCAGACGUCUUGCUCAAUAUAAAUGGUAUUCUCAGUGAUUUUGAAUCAGGUGAUUUUGUUGAAAUGUCUGAUAGUUAUUAUGGUUUAAGAAGAUCAUAUACUAUAUUAGGUUCCUGUCUGUUUUAUAAGGAUUAUCUGUUAUGUAACCAUUUAAAUAAAGAACACCUAACUGAUAUUAGUUUAUAUCUACAAUACCAUGGAUUACUGCCCUUGACUAGUAAAUGUGCCUUGAAUCAGUUAGUUAUAUGGAGAGAAGUGUAUCCCUCCCAGUUCUGUUGUGAUGUAUCUGGUAUUAAUAAUGUAUUUGGUUAUUCUGAACCUGAUGCUCGAUGGUUUCUACUUGUUGUAGGACUGAAAUACAGUAUUUAUGCAGUAUUAUUAGAGGCUGGAGGUUGCGCUAUCAGACGGAAUAGAGUUACUGUUCCUGAUCCAUUCUAUAUAGAUCAAGCAAAAGCCACAUUAUUACAGACGUUAACAUCCAGUUAUACCACUGUAUAUGAGGCUAGAUUUAAUGGCAGUGGUCUACCUCUAACUAAAAGUGUUGAUAGUUUAAAUAUGAAAUCUCAUCAUUCAAUAUCAGAUCUUUCUUCAUCAUUCUCAAAAUUAGGGCAGAAAAGAUUUGAUAGUGAAAAUGAGUUGAGAUCAGCUAGAAUAAUUUCUUCACCACGUCAUGAUCUGUUACAACGCAAAACCUCGGUAGAUUCUGAUGCUUCUAGUGGCAGUAGUAAUGAUAGUUUAUUUAAGAGUUCUAGAACAAGUCGAUUAUUUGCUGACCUCCACAGUCCUAUAGUUAAUACCACUAGUAAUAAGUGGUUUGAAGAUUUUGGUUUAAAACUAUCAAGAGGGGUAGAUAACUCUCUACUAUAUUUCUGUCAGUUUGAUACUAUAGAAGGUAUUUAUAUUAGUGCUAAAGAUAAACCAGACAUACCAGCUCUUCAAUCUCAAAUCAUCUCUAAUUUCUACAAAUCCUGCUUUCAUAUUAAACAAAUGUUUCAAGAAUCUCGAGAUUUGAAGAAAUUAGUGACAAGUGAACGUGAAGUGUUAUUUUUUCCUGAAGAUAAUUUAGUUGAUGUAAAAGAACAUGGUGUUUUAUUUCAUCUCUCAUCUCUUUCUUCACCAGACGGGAAAAAAUCAAAACAACAACAACUAACAUAUUGGGUUGUCGGGCGUAAAUUAACAAGAGGUGCCAGAAGAGAAAUCUAUGUGUGUUUUUUAGACUCAACUCCCCAAAAUGUGAUAGAGACAGCCUUUAAAUUGGGGUUUAGUCAGACCUGUCCAGGAUAGCCUUCGAUAUCCAGAAUCAAUUUCAUCCCAGUGAUUCCCUUAUGUUCGAAAAAGAAGUAUUUAGUCAAGGAAAGUUCAUAUUCAAGCUUCAUAUUUCAUUGUGACACAUUUAGAAUUAUAAAGCCAUUAGUUUAAAUUUAAUGUAAUGACAAAAUUGUGAAUUGAUAUUAAAUCAUAAUUCAUUUCGAAUUGAUAUUAAAUCAUAAUUCAUUUCGAAUUGAUAUUAAAUCAUAAUUCAUUUCGAAUUGAUAUUAAAUCAUAAUUCAUUUCGAAUUGAUAUUAAAUCAUAAUUCAUUUCGAAUUGAUAUUAAAUCAUAAUUCAUUUGAAUUGAUAUUAAAUCAUAAUUCAUUUCGAAUUCAUAAUUCAUUUCGAAUUGAUAUUAAAUCCAAAAUUCAUGAUACUCUGUUAUUAAAUCUUAAAUUCAUGAUGAUUUGUAUAGAAUCAAAAUGUGAUUUGAUAUUCAUUAAAUUCAUUCCUUCAAUUUACAUACAUAGACCCAUAAUUCAUUGUCACUUAUUUGUGUUUUAAAUCAUGGUGAAUAAUUACAUAAAGUCAUCAUGAUGAUCUGCUUUGAAUUUUGAUUCAUUUGGUCCACUGAUCUGUUUUCAAAUCAAUAUUAAUUUUUACCUCAAUUUACUAGAAUCAUUACUCAUCUAGACCUCAAUUAUUGAUAUUAUUCAUGAUUCAUGAUUUGAUGUUACAUUGUUAAGCAAGAGAAUCCUUCACCAUCCUGUCAACACAGUCAUAAUCCAUCGUGUUUGAAUCAUCCAUAAUCAAUGCCAUUAUUCCUGCUGUGGUGUCAAAAUGGAUUCUGAAUUCUGUCUACACUUACUAUUUUUUCGGCACUCAUGUAACAUGUUCUGAACUCUGUUUCAACUUGUUUUAUCUAAGAUCCGAUUGAUUCAAUAAAUCCUGAACGUGCAGAACUUACUAACAGAGCAGCCUCUGUAUGUACCUUCUAUACCAAACCUUCAUUAUUACAACUAAUUUCACAAGACUAAAAUUAUCAUACACCUGUGUAUAUUAGUAGAACAAGUAUAAGUAUUCUUUGAUAUUUGUUAUCAAAUUCACAUCAUUUUACUAAAUGGUAUGUGUUCAAGUUGAUAUUGUUAUUGUUAUUAUUGUAUAUUAUCAUUUUUUGUUUGUUAUUAAAUUUUGUUAAUGAUGAUUAUUUUCAUUACCUUC